AUGAGAGUAAAGAAGCCUACUUCGAAAAGAGUAACCACUCGUAUGAGAGAGGGUAUUAAAAAGAAGGCAGCGGCAAAAAGAAGAAAAGACAAGAAAAUAGCCAAGAAGGACGUCACCUGGAAAUCAAGACAUAGGAAGGACCCAGGUAUUCCAGCCAGUUUCCCAUACAAAGACCAAAUAAUAUCAGAAUUAGAGGAGAGUAGACGUUUGGAAAAGGAAAGAAAAGACGAACUCAAAUUACAGAAGCAAAGAGAGAAGGAAGAGGCAUUGGCUAGAGGUGAGGACGUUGAUGAUGAUGACAUGGAAGAGGAAGAUUUAGAUGAAGAGGAUGACGGAGCAAAUGGAUUAGCAGCAUUGUUAGAGUCAGCGCAAUCUGCUGCUAAGGAGUAUAAUGGUGAAGGAGACAACGAAGGCAAUGAUAUGAUUGAUUCCGACGAGGAUGUCGAGUAUGAAUUGAGCGAAGUUGAAGACGACGAGGAAGACCAAACCAGUUUGGAUAAAUCACGCAAAUCCUAUGACAAGAUAUUUAAGUCGGUAGUUGAAGCCUCUGAUGUUGUUUUAUAUGUCCUCGAUGCUAGAGAUCCCGAAUCCACCCGAUCAAAAAAGGUUGAACAAGCAGUAUUGCAAAGCCCUGGUAAGAGACUUAUUUUACUUUUAAAUAAGGUUGACUUGGUACCUACAGAAGCUUUAAAUCAAUGGCUAAACUUUUUGAACUCAUCAUUUCCAACAUUACCCAUCAAAGCAAGUCCUGGGGCAACAAAUGCAACUUCUUUUAACAAAAAAUUAACAGGAACUAUAACGUCAGAUUCUUUAAUGAAAGCAUUGAAGAGCUAUGCUAAUAAAUCUAACUUGAAAAGAUCAAUUAUUGUUGGUGUCAUUGGUUAUCCAAAUGUUGGUAAAUCCUCAAUAAUCAACGCGCUUACCAAGAGACACAACAAUAACUCCAGAGCAUGUCCUGUUGGAAAUCAAGCCGGUGUUACAACGUCAAUGAGAGAGGUAAAAAUUGACAACAAACUAAAGAUUUUGGAUUCUCCCGGUAUUGUUUUCCCUGAUGAGAUUAUAAAUUCUAAAAAGCAAUCGAAACAACAACAAAUGGCUAAAUUGGCAUUAUUAUCAGCUAUUCCACCGAAACUGAUUACUGAUCCAACUGGUGCUGUUAAAUUACUUUUGAAAAAGUUUUCACAAAACACAGAAAUGGCUGAAGGAUUGAAGAAGUAUUAUGAUUUACCACCAUUACCUUCGACUGAUUUAGAGGAAUUUGCCAAGCAUUUUUUGAUACAUGUUGCCAGAACCAAAGGAAGGUUAGGUAAAGGAGGUGUUCCUAAUUUAGAAGCUGCAGCAAUGUCUGUACUCAACGAUUGGAGAGAUGGUAGAGUUAUUGGAUGGACAUUACCCAAAGCGUCCAAACAGAGUGUAGCUGAUACCGAAGUGAACAUGGAUGGACCAAAGAGCUCUUUGCGUGGGGAAAAAGAGCCACCAAAGGUUGAACAAACUACAGUUGUUACAUCGUGGGCUAAGGAAUUCGACUUAGAUGGUUUAUUGGGAGAUAACUUUGGUCUUGAGUAG